AUGAAAAAUUUAAUCAAAUUAUCAUUAAGUAUUCGUAACACAUUUGAUUCAACAUUUUGUCAUGGUACGAAAUUUGAAUCAAUAUUAAAUGAAAAUUUAUCAAAUCUUUGUCAAUUUGAUUAUACAAUGACACAUCAAAUGGAUGAUAAUACUUUAAUAAAAAAUUUUGUUCAAUGGCCAAUGAGUUUUGUUUUUUAUGAAAAUGAAAAUUGUAAAUGGGUACAUAUUUAUUCAUUACCAUGGCCAUCAAGUAAAUAUGAUAAACGAGAAUUACCUAUUUUCAAAGAUGGCUAUAAUACAUCAGUUACAUCAAAUGUUAAAAGAAGUGAAUAUAUGGAUGAUAUAGUAAUUACAAAAUCCGAUGAAUUUUAUCUGUUAACGACACAAUUUCGUCGUGCUUGUCAAAUAACAACUAAUUUAUCAAUUGAUACAAUAUUGCCAUCACAUAUUUGUAAAUUAAUUCUUUCAAAAGAAACACGUAAUUCAAUAAAUUCGUUGAUUCAACCUUCUGUUCGUCAUUUAAUAGUUGAACGUCGUUUAAUUGAUGAAAGUGAAAUAUCAAAUUUUACUCGUCAAUUUCCGCAUGUCAAAUAUGUCGAAUUAUUAUUACCAUUAGAAGAAUCAUUAUUUGUUGCUUGUUUAAAGAAUCUAUUUAGUUUCGAUAAUGAAAAAGAGAUACGUUGUUAUUGGCCUCAAUUAAUAAGCUUUAGUACAUGUGCCACUUUUAAACAAUUGCAAUUUAUCUCCCAUCAUAAAAAUUUACAUUUAUGGUUUAUUAAAAACACUGAUUUAAAGUAUUAUCCACUUCCAUUUUCUUCUAAUCUUUCUGGCCCAUUGUUGUCUAUUUGGUUUUGA